AAAUUCAUAUAUAAUUUAAGAUUUGUAUUUUUGAUACACAAAAUACCAAUUGGUAUAAUAAAAUAAAAUAUAUUUUAGCUGAUAUAUAAGAUAAAGUUUUUUAAAAUAUUAUUAUUUUUAUAAAUUAAUAAAAUAUGAUAUUUUGAUAUUGCUAAUUAUAGAGUUUUUAUUGUACUUUUCAUUAGAAAUGAUGGCUAAGUUUGUCAUUAGAUUAUGUGGAAUGCUAAAGAAUAGUAAAUGAAGGAUGCUUUGUUUGACCAUCUCAACACACGUCCCGGUAUUAUCAUGUUGCCUUUUUUUUUUACUUAUUCAAGAGUAGUAUAGAUAAUAAUCUUUUUGGUUGAAUAAUCUUAAUGAUUAUGAAUAGUAAACAUUGAUUUUAGUUAAUAUAAGCAUACUCUUUCGUAUAAAUUAAGUACUUUUAUUUGUACUUUUUACUGCUAUGACCAAAAUAUCAUAAAAUAUGUUAAUAUCUAAACUCUUAAUACAAAUGGAUGGAUCAAUAAAUAAUCUAGAAAUGACAUAGUUGCCAUGUUCGGUACUCCGUACUCGGGCUGCAACCACUUCCAGCGAUCAAAAUUUACACAUCAAAAUAGGAAAAAUAAAUAGUGGAGAAAAAUUGACCUGCCGCUGCCGCUGCGAUUACAUUUUACAAAGGUUGCACGGUGUUUUCCGUGACGUUGUGUAAAAUAGCGGCAAUUAAACGAGUGCUGCAUCUAAUUUUAAUGGUGAAAAGUACGGCUACCAGCGGUGUUCUCCGCAAAUUUGGACAAGAAGUCAGUUAUAAUUUUGGUAGCUCACCGCUGACGCAGCAUCCGUGUACCGAACAUGGUUAUUAUAUUCUUAAGUAUCAUUUUCGUAGGUAAGCUUUAAACUGUAAGUGAGUAAGAAUGAGCACAAAAUAAAAUUAUACCAUUUUCAUAUAAGUUUUUUGUCUUCAUUAUAUUCCUUACAUUAUAAUAUGGAUACAUGAGCCAUGAGUCUUACAUACACGAAUUACAACAUACAACUUGAAAAAUACGUAGCACGAAAAGCACGAACGGUAGUUACAGUCAUUAACAUUUAAAUAUCCAAGCUAAUUCUAGAUUGCCUGUUAAAAGUCUCUAAUAAACAAACGAACAAAAGUUGUAAUAAAUCAUAUUAUUAAAUGUAUUACGAAUUUAGCAUGGACCGACAUAUUCAAGAUUAAUAUUCUUUUCAAACCGUUAUGAAAAAUAUUUCAACGUUAAAGACUUUACAAAAAGAGGGGAUUAGAACGAAUCUCUGUUAAAUUUCGCAGCUUCACACAUAUUAUAACUAAAAAUAUAUAUUUAUAAACCCAAACCUCUUAUCAUAUAUAAAUACACCAUGUUGCCGCUUUAUGACAUUUCACAUCAUCCACGCGUAACAAAAAGCAAGAGAAAAUGGGAAACAGCAUCACGAUUAAGAGAAAGAGAGCCAAAGUGAUGAAAAUCGACGGUGAGGUUUUCCGCAUUAAAACUCCGGCGACGGCGAGAGAAGUCACGGCGGAUUAUCCCGGCUACGUGCUGUUAGACUCCGAAGCUGUUAAACACUUCGGAGUACGUUCGAAACCGCUCGAGCCGAGCCAGCUCUUGAAACCCAAGAAGACGUAUUUUCUCGUCGAGCUUCCGAAGCUUCCGCCGGAGACGACGUCGGGAACUGAUAAUAAGCUUCCGUUACGGCGAGUGAUGUCCGGAAUUCACGUCGGCGCGAAGGAGCGGUUGGAGAUGCUCAUGCUUUCUCGAAGAACGGUUUCGGACGUGGCGGUUGGUAGAUCAGACGGCGGCGAUGGGCUUGGGCUUGGGCCUGGUCAAACGAGCGUGAGGUUUAGGCUGCCUCGUUCUCAGAUUACAAAGUUCAUGGAGGAGAGCAAUGAUGAUUCUGAGAUCGCGGAUAAGAUUUUAAGUUUCUAUAGGGAGAGCUCCGGCGAGAUUGGCGGCGGUGACAGCCACCGGAAACUUGGAACCGGGAAGAUUAAGAAGCAGGUGAGUUUCGCCGGAGAUGGUGGACGGGAGCUUCCUGUGUUAUGGAGCAGAACGGGAAACCAAUCGUCAUCAAUUGGAUAAAAAAAAUUCCUUCUCUUUAUUUUCCUAUAUAUAUAUACAUAUUGUGGUAGGUAUCAUAUUUGUGCUAGUGUAUAUAUAUCGUUUUAUUUUGCAAUUUGAAAUCAUGUAGAACUUGUUUCCUCCUGUGUCAACAGAACUUUCAUUUUGUUUUAUAAAAGAGUAGUUCAUAGAUAGACUGAAAGGUCCAAAAGUCAGAUUAAUCUC